UUUUCAGUGUCCUUAGGCAGUUCAAGGUCAGCCACACCAGCAUUUUCUCCAAAUGGACAACCAACUUCACCACACACAAUGCAGUCUCCAAUAACAGUUGGUCCCCGGCAGAAUGUUUUUAUGCCCAUUUCCAGUAGUCACUCUCAUGGUAUACAAAAAAGGAGUUCGCCUGGUCUACUGGGAUUUACUUCAUCCUAUCACCAACAAGUUAUCAGACCAGAGGCUAGACCUGUUCAAGGAGUCACUAGCGUAAUAAGAGUUUCACCAAACCUUCCACAAUGGUCUGAUAAUGUUGCUGAACAACCGAGUGUCAUACUCCAGCGUGCUUUAACCAGCCCACCAAAUUCAUCUACUGAACCUGAAAACAAUUCUUCGCCCCAAGGGGCUUUAUAUUGUCAUAUACCUCCAGCACAUGAGAAAGGUAUGAUUAUUGUGAAAGAAGAAACUGAAAAUGACAUAAUGGAAUCGAUAUCACUGCCGCCACAGGUUAUACAGAGUGAUCAUUUGCAUCCUAUUCAGUUAAUAAGACUAACGCCAAAUGAUAAUAUGAACAAUUGUAAUAUGAAUAAUAUACAUACAUAUUCCACUGGACCUGGUUUACUUCAAUCUAAUUCCACGAGCAGCGGUUUGCCAGUUAUUGUCAAUCCAACCCAGUUGGUUCCAGUUUUACCAGCUCAGUCUGUUGUGAAAAGGAACAUCACUAAUGCUGUAAAUCAACAAAAUCCAGCUCCUGUCAUCGUUAAAACUGAACAAGCCUCUCCAAAUCAUAAGGAUCCAAUAAUUCAGCAUAACCCAAUUGAAAUCCAGUCUCAUCAACGUGUGUCAUUAGCUCCUCAGAUAUCUACAUCUUCACAAACGAAUCAUUUCCAAAGUAAACAAAUCAACACACCACUAAAAGUGCAAACUUGCACAUCGUCAACGCAGUCGGCAUUUAUAAUACCUUGGCAUUCGAUAGUGCCAUUACUAACUUCCAAUUCAGGACCAAUAUCUCCACCGACAUCGCAAUUAUCACCUCCGCUCUCCGCACCGCCUAUAAGUAUAAUAACCGGACAUUCGAUAGACCUUCAAGAAGAUGAUGUAAAUGUUGAAGCCAUUCCUGGAACAAUAGAAGAGGAUGAUGAUGUGUUUGAAUCAGAACCCACCGAUAUCACUAUCGAUAGUAGCAGUACUAGUAAAAAAAGAAGCCAGUCAUUGAGUUCAUUACCCAGCAACACUAAGGAAUCGAGCAAGGUAAACAGCUUCAUUAUAAACUGUUUUCAUUAUAGCAUGACAAGUUCAAUUCAACAAUUUCUCAAUGAUUUUAGAUAA